GUCUCCAGAUUCGAGAUGAUGCUCAGUUUGAUCACCGUUGGUCUCUUGGCAACGACUCUGCGUGGAGCCAGUGCUGCUCAGUGCGCAUGCGCGACAGGAGAUGUCCACGUCCGUUCGGGUGUUGGAACCAGCCAUGCAGUCCUUGGCACGCUGAUAAAGGGAAGCUGCACCAGCUAUGAAGGCGACCAGAGCAGCGGUUGGGUGCAUGUCAACUUCAACGGCCAGAGCGGCUGGAUCUCGGGACAUUACGUCAACAUUCAGAGUUGCUCGGGAGGUUCUUCCGGUGGUACGAGCACCCACGCCGGGUGUCCUCACAUUGUGACCAGAUCCCAGUGGGGGGCAAGGGCACCUCAUUCCAUCAGCCACCUUGCCGGGGCUGUGAAGUACGCAUUUAUUCAUCAUGGAGAGAGUGGAUCCUGCUCCAGUCAAAGCACCUGCUCCGCCAUUGUCAGGAGCUAUCAGAACUACCAUAUGGACACCCACGGAUGGAGCGACAUUGGCUACAGCUUUCUGGUCGGCGAAGACGGCAACGCCUACGAAGGUCGUGGCUGGGACAGAAUAGGUGCUCAUACCCAGGGCUACAACAGUGUUGGUCUGGGUUUCUGCAUGAUUGGUAACUUCAUGACGCACGUCCCCAACAGUGCGGCCCUCAACACCGUCAAGGCUCUCAUUGCUUGCGGCGUCAGCAAGGGCAAGAUUCAGUCCAGCUACACCCUCAGAGGCCACCGCGACAUGGGCAGCACCGACUGUCCCGGUACGGCACUCUACAACCUCAUCAGAACGUGGCCACACUAUUGAAAUAUUAAUUUAGUCAUGAUGACAUGAUGAAAUGUUGAAUAAACAUUAUUGAAACUUGA